AUGGGUUAAACUUGUACAAUGAACACAUGUUGUAAGAAGGAAGAGGUUUAAACUAUAAGAAAUUCAGGAUUAUCUCUAGAAAUCAAAAUUAAAAAGUCAAAACAUUCUCAAUAAAUAAAUAAAGAAUAGGAAAAAGUAGAGGAUAAAAAAUAAAAAAAGAAAAGUGAUACUGUUUCUGAUUUAAUGAUUUCUUCACAACAUAGCAAGGUGUCUAUAAAGUAAAUUGAAAUGAAUCUUCCAAUUCAAAAUUAAGAUGCGAACUAAAAUCCUCUAAUACAAAAGAGUAUGGCAAUUAAUGAGAGAAUUAAGCUUCCAGUAAAAAUGUAAAAUUUAUAUAGCUAAUAUUCUUACCAAAUGGUUCAUCAUAUGAAGGGGAGUGGUUUCAAGGAAAAAGAGAUGGAUAUGGUAAAUAAUCUUGGCCAGAUGGAUCAAUUUAUGAAGGGGAAUGGAAAGAUGAUAAAUCUUGUGGAAAAGUAAAUUGAAAAUUAAUUCAAUAGGGAAAACUAAUUCACGCUGAUGGAGAUGUUUAUGAUGGCGAUUGGAUUGAUGAUGCUGCUAAUGGAUUAGGAAUCUAUAUUCAUGUAAAUGGAGCAAAAUAUCAAGGAGAGGUAUAGGUUUUAACACAUUAGUAAGUGGUUAAAUGAUAGUUAACAUGGAAGAGGUAUAGAGACUUGGCCAGAUGGAGCUAGAUAUGAAGGAGAUUAUUAAUUUGGUAAAAAGCAUGGCAAAGGGAAAUUAAAUUUUGCUGAUGGUUCUUGUUAUCAAGGUAUAUUUAGCAUUUACAUUUUAGGGGAAUUUUAUAAUAAUGAAAUUCAAGGAUUUGGAAAUUAUUAAUGGACAGAUGGAAGAGUAUAUGUUGGAUAAUGGAUGAAGAAUAAAAUGCAUGGUAAAGGAGAAAUAAAGUGGCCAGAUGGAAGAUAAUAUAAAGGAGUAUUAAACUUUAAAUAAAUUAGGAAUACUAAAACGAUAAGAAACAUGGUAAAGGAGUGUUUCUUUGGGAAGAUGGAAGAAAAUAUAUUGGUAUAUGGUAGGGAGGUAAAUAGUAAGGGGUUGGAAUUUAUUAUUCUACUGAUAAUGUUAUGAGAAUUGGAGAAUGGGUAGAAGGGAAAAGAGUUAAAUGGUAUGAUAAAGAAGAAAUACAUGAAUUAGAAAGAAAAGGUAUUAUAGAGGAACUGUAAAAUUAAUGA